CCGUGGCCUCAGCCCUCUCCAGUGGUGUAGGCAGGUCCUGGACCACCCGGGACCAGAAGCGGAACUGGCGAGGAUGACGCUGUGCCACAGAUUGGACCAAGCCAAGCGGUGGCGAGGAGUCUCCUCCGUUCGUCCUCACAGCUGCAUAUACGGGCUGUCCACACUCAGCUGCCCCGUCCUGCCUUACUCCAAACCUGCUGCAAUAACCGACACCACAGCUCUGACGCAGUCGCCGUCAUCGUCUGGCCCCGCCCUCCCGCUCCGGCCCAGCCUGAGCCUGGACAGGGCCCCCACCUUUCUGUCGAACUCCACCUUGCACAAUGUUGGCCAGCGGCACGCGGCCAUCAGCCCUCAGUCUUCCCUGGACAGCGAGGCGGGUAUUUCGGAGAUGGAGGACGACUCCAUCUCCAUGGGGUACAAACUGCAGGACAUGACGGACGUGGAAGUCAUGGCCCGCCUUCAGGAGGAGAGUCUGCGUCAGGAUUACGCGUCUACCUCAGCGACGGUCAGUCAUCGCUGCUCCAGCUUCUCUUUGAACUCGCUCCGGCGCAGCGACGUGGAUCUGGAGGAGGACGACGAGGAGGACGAGGAUGAAGGUUACGACCAGCUGCCUCCUCCCCAGCCUCGACUCUUCCGCACAGGCUCGGUGCAACGAGGCGCCCUUCCCCACUCGCACACAUUCUCCAGCUUCAGAGACUGUCGGCGCAGCUCCACCGCCUCAUCUUUCUCACUUGGGGGCCUGGCGCCCUAUACGGGGGCCGCCGGCCUGAGCGGAGAAACGCACGCGGCAUACAGGAACAGCGCAGACAUUAGGCUGAGGAGAAGCAUGCCCAACCUGAUGCGAGCCCCCAGCAUGCCGAGCGUUCCCAGUAUCCCGAGUGUUCCCAGUAUGCAAUGCCUGGCUUCCCCCGUCAACCCCCCGUCCCAUGGCCCCUCCUCCCUGCCAACCAUGUCCUCCCUGCGCAGCAGCCUCAGCUUUGACUCGUCAAGCAGCCUCGCACGCCUCCAGUCCUCCAUUCCUUUACCGGGCCAGCUGAGUCAACGCGUCCAGAGCGUUGGCAACUUCCCCGCCACCCCUCGUCAACCGCUCAAAGCCACCGCCUAUGUCAGCCCGACUGUCCUGCAGGGCCCCUCCGCCUUGUCCUCCUCCACCAGCCUGCACUCCAUCCCUGGCAGCACGCCGCUGCCUCAGCCCCUUAAGCCCACCACCAGCUCGGUACCGCAGCCCAUAAAGAGCCCUGCUGCAGCCGCCCAGUCUGCUGUCCCCCGCAGCUCACUCCCUCGCCCCGCCUCCUUUGUGGCCCUUGGUGGAGCUCCACGCUCCAGCAAAAUUACACAACCCACGCGCAGUUUGCUGACACCCCCAAAGAGCCUAACCUCCCUAAGUACCCUGAGGGAUGCCAGCUGGAAAGAUGGCUGCUACUAACAUUCCACAGGUAUCGUCAUAAAAAUGAUAAUAAUACUACUCCUAAUAAACAGGGUCAAGCUGCAUUACUCACUGUAACAGCAUUUGUUGAGCUGCCCCCUAAGAAAGAAUGACUGUUUUUUUUUUUUCCUCUCUGAGGAAUAAAGUUAAUAGAUCCAGCAGGCUGGAUUGUCAAAAUAAAACAGGGGUGGGAAACCUAAGGCCCUUGGGCCAGAUAUGGCCCACCGGAGCAUUUGAGCUGGACCAAAAACCUCAGAGGAAGUGAUGAAAAAAAAACUCCCCAAAUCUCCUAAUAUGUAGUCAGAAACAUUUGUUUGCUGGUCCUCUCAUAUUUUCUUAUUUUCUAAGGACUUUAUACAACUGAGGGUCCCCACCCCUGUUAUCGACUCUUGCAAUAUCCCGCUAACCAGUUGUUAAAUGUGAACUCUUUACUACUGUAAGUGUGUGUGUGUUGAUUGGUUGUCUGCAAGCUGAAAAGAAAAAAAGUCACGCUUUUGUACAUGCGUUUUUCAAAUCUCUCACAAACUUUUGUCACUGUGGUGUAAAAAUGAUGAAAAAUGUUUGGCUACAUCCUGUGCCUGUUUGGAAGUGGUGUCACAUUCAUCAUAUUCAUAUCACUUCUAUUUACUGGCCUCAUCUUGCAGCACUUUUCUCGAAAAUAUGUGAAUAACACUUUAAAAGUUUGUGUUUGUUUUGGGUUGCUUAAAUUAUGAAAGUUUUUGAUGUGAAUUUUCGGUGUGUUUUUUUAUUGUGUUUCCUUUUUUAAAAGAUACUUUCCCUAAUGUAACUGGCCGCUGCAUUGAUAUUGCACAUCAUCUCUCGUGUUCUACCAUGCGUAUGAUGAGAAGCUUAAGGAGACGGUGAAUUUUUAAAGUGAAAUAAAAGGUUUUGAAAACA